AUGCAGAGGCCUAACCUUCCUCAGGUGCAACCUUUGCGACUAGCGAAGAACAGUCCUCCAUCUCCUGGAAAGAUGUCGGGUGCCCCCCCGCGUCCCUUAUCCGAGAUCUCUCCAGCUGAGAAGCGACGAAACUCUCCCAGUUGGAAACAGGCUAUGAAUACCGACUCCUCGCCGUUCCAGAGCUCGCCGCUGGAAGGGACCACAUCGCCGCGCCUGUUCUGGCAGAAUAAGAACAGCGAGAACAACCCCUUUGGCCGGGGCUCGCCGUCCCCCACCCGCCGCGGGUCUAUCGAGCGCCUUCAAAAAGCGUCACGCGUCAAGAACAGCAACAUCCUCGCUCUCGAACAGAAGCAGGAGUACGAUCCUACCAAGCCACCACAGGUCGAGCGACCGCUGUCGAAGGUCCAAGGCAAUGCAUUUGGCGGCACUGGAAUCAGCGGGUACCGCGACAACAAGGCAUUUAGCCACGGGCGAUCUGACAGCCAGACCAGAAUCCCGCAGUACAGCCUCAAGUCACCCCCUCCUCUCACCAAGACCCCUCCCUUGACGACCCGCAGUCCUCCACCAAAUGGCCCACGUCCGGCGAGCAGGGAUCAGGCAUCGCCCACCAAGUCAUCCCUCGCACCGAGCCGCUUCAGGUCCAGUCUUGACAGGGAGAACGGGCACGACUCGGAUGAUGGAUCCUACGACGAGCGUGAGCUUCCUUCUGGAAGAGCCCUCCACCGCCACGCCAAGAGCGUCACUUUUGAUGUCGCGCCACCACAGGUGAAUGAGUAUGAGAUGGUCACCCCUGAUAUCUCUUCUAUUGGUGGCGACAGCUCUCGAGAGGGCAGCUAUGACUCGGCAGAGGAUGACGAUGACGACCACUACAUCAUUGGCAGUGACGCCCACGAGGACAGCUUCGACGCCUCCCUCGAGGACGUUGCCAAGACUCCUGUCGUCCUGCCUGAUGACUGGCGUCAUGACCUGGACAACAUGGCCGACGAUGACUUUACGCACAGCCUCACACCGGAAGGCUUCCCAAACUUUGCGCCUGGCGGGUUCCCUCAGCAGGAUCGCUCAGACUCUCGCAACUCGAACGGUGACCACAGGCCUCUCCCCCCUCUCCCGCCUCCAGGCUUCAACAAUGAUCGGCGGAACUCGAACGCCUCGGCCGGCCCAUCUGCGAGUGCUGAGCGGUUGACGGGGUCCCAGCGGACCCUGCCGUCUCCACCUCCCGCCUCCACGCUCUCGAAGGCCGAUCUUCAGAACAUUGGAAACGGUAAGAUGACGCUCGAGGAGCGGCUCAAGCUGAUGAUGCUGUCAGACGAUGGCAAGUCAGCCGCGGAGCAGCAGCGCGAACGGCGACUGAGACGCGCUGGGGCCCGUGAUCGCGCCGACAGCCAGCUCACGGAGCCCGAGCCCGAGCAUGAGCAUGAGCAUGAACAAGAGCAAGAGCAAGAGCCAGAGCAUCUGCCUGAGCCCGAGCAUGAGCUUGCGGCCGAGCAUGAGCAUGGUGAUGAGGAGGACACUCUUGGUGACUUGGGUGACUACCAGCUGCCGCCGCACAUCUCGCGCGAGUCGAUUCUGCGGAGAGUGGAUGGUAACAAGGGUCUGGAGAGGGAGUCGGACUACAACUUCUCUUCCCUGCCCAGCUCUCCAGAGCGCAAUCAGCCUCUGGACCCUGACGUCCCCAUCCCCAGUACUGAAGAUGCCAGCAUGGACGAGGACGUUGAGUCCGAUGGGCAUCUGGAACAGGACUUUGAUGAAGAUGAUUCGAUCAUUGAUCAGUACCCGCGGUCUGAAUCUGAUGGGGACGAUUACGACGAUUCCGACUCGGAAGUCACCGACAAGAACUAUGACUCCGAUAGCAACUAUUCCGGCCCAGGCCAGGAGCUACCAAGUCCCCAGGAAGAAAAGGUCGAUGAGGACGAGAUCACCACUCCACGGGCCACCUCUCCCGCAGAGAACGCGGACUCUCUUGACACCAUCGCGGAGCGCAUGGUCCCAGAUGUGCUUCCCACUACCCAGAAGCACAACCCCUUCACUGAUGAUCUGCAGCCAUUUAUGCUCCCCAAGCCCACCGAAGUCGAGGCUAGUGCCGAGACCGAUGAGCCUGAGGUCAACGAUGCCCAGGAAAUGUCGCAGCGGCCCUCCACGCCAGAGCACCCUACAUCGAAGCCCGAGUACGACGGAACGGGCUGGGGCGAGCCAGAUGAGUAUGAUGACGAGCCUAGGACGCCAGAUUCUGUCAUUCACCGCCCCCUGCUAGAACCCGAGGAAGAGGAGGCGCGUGUCUCACCUAUCAUUCCUGAGACGGCAGCCACCAUUAAGUCAGCCGCUGGCUCGAAAUUGAAGACGCGACCUUCUGCCACGCCUGCUGACAUCGAGACAAUGCGAGAGCAGAGGCGCAUCGUUAGCCGCGAGGUGCCUGGCAUGCAGAACAUGGCCGACCGUCACCAGAACCGGCUUCCCAAUACCCUUGAGGACAAGCAGCUUUUGUCUCCCAACCCAUCCUCGGAGGACUACAUGCUGCGACACCCCAGCUUCAAGGCCAGGAGCCUCACGUUGGAUUUUGAUCUUGGUCUCAGUCUGGACGACGACUUCGAGCGGGUCAUCGAGGCGCAAAAGGUGGCGUUCCAACAAGUUUCCUUUCACCAAUCUUCUCAACCUGCAGGCCAGACACUUUCUAGACAAGCGUCUAGAGUCAGGCUCGCGAAGAGGACAGUCCCCACUGCAGCUGAUGCUAACAUUACUCCACCCAAACAGCGAGGCUAUCUGAUGCGCCAGAACACUAAGGUCGUGACAGCCAGCGACAAAGAUACUGAUGACUUGCGCCCCGUGUCACGCUCUGCCGGCAACUCACCCGUGAAGCAGCACCGCCCUCAGUCGUGGACGGUUGAGCCUUGGAAUGGCCAGGUCAGGAAGAAGAGCCUCAAGAAAAGACCCGUCACGACGGGGCCCGUUCCACCAAUGCCUGGCCGGGAGAGCAACACAGCCACAAUGACCACUGUGGCUGAGGAAGAGGUUGCCGAGGACGCUGCGGGUGACGACAAUGGCGAGCGAGGAAGACUGUUCGUCAAGGUCCUGGGUGUCAAGGAUCUCGACCUGCCCAUCCCCAAGAGUAAGUGCAUCCUACUGUCGAGUCCGACUGACUUGACUUGUUGUAUAGACGAGCGCACUUGGUUUAGCCUGACCCUCGACAACGGCGUUCACUGUGUCACCACUGCGUGGCUCGAACUGGCGCGAAAUGCGCCCAUCGGUCAAGAAUUUGAACUGGUCGUCCCGAACGACCUGGAAUUCCAGCUGACCCUGAAUGUCAAGCUGGAGCAGCCUCCCCCACAGAGGAUCGUCCAGUCUCAGAGUUCCCCACGCAAGGCCAAGACGUCGACCUUCAGCAGAGUAUUUGCGUCCCCGAAGAAACGCAAGGAGAUGGAGCAGCGCCAGAAGGAAGAGGAAGAGCGACUUGCUCGGCAGCAACGCGAGGCCCAGGCCCGACAGAUUGCGGCCAACCCUACCGCCUGGGAUCUCCUGUCACCCCUCGCCGCCGCCGACGGCAGCUUUGCUCGCGCCUACGUCUGUCUCAAGGAGCACGAGACGCGGUGCUUUGGCCGUCCCUAUGUGGUCGAUGUGGCCUGCUUCAACGAGUGGGCGACUGAGGAGGCCGGUUUCGCGUCGAGCGUCAAGAGCAAGCGAGGUAGUAACUCGGUCGUUCGGAAGGCUCCGUAUAAGAUCGGCAAGCUCGAGCUGCAGCUUCUGUUUGUGCCGAGACCUAAGGGCUCUACGGACGAGGACAUGCCCAAGAGCAUGAACUCGUGCAUCCGCGAGAUGAAGGCUGCUGAGGAGCGACGAUCCCGCAACUGGGAGGGUCACCUCAGCCAGCAGGGUGGUGACUGUCCCUUCUGGCGCCGCCGCUAUUUCAAGCUGGCUGGCACGAAGCUGACGGCCUACCACGAGGCCACGCGCCAGCCGCGUGCCACCAUCAAUCUGGCCAACGCGAAGCGUCUCAUCGAUGACCGCCGAGCUCUGACCGAGAAGGAGACCACCGGUAAGAACGGGAAGCGCCGGAAGUCAGCCUUUGGUGAAGAAGAGGAGGGGUACAUGUUUGUCGAAGAGGGUUUCCGCAUUCGAUUCAACAAUGGCGAGAUUAUCGACUUCUAUGCCGACAGCGCAUCAGACAAGGAGGGCUGGAUGAAGGCCCUUUCGGAUGUCAUCGGUCGCGACAGCCUCGGACACGAUGAUGACACCUUUAGCGGUUCUCGCAACAAGGGCAAGUGGUGCGAGCUCGUCCUUAAGCGGGAGGACACGCUACGCAAGCGUGCCGAGGGACGGCGGCCCAGUCACCAUACUCGGACCAAGAGCAGCCUCGUUUGA